AUAGAUCUCAUUGCUGUGCUCUCGCUCACAGGAUUCUCCAUAGAUCUCGGUGCUGUACUUUCGAGCAUGUGUAAUUAGAGUACAGCACUGACGUGUGCUACUGGCAGUUGACGUUCUAGGAACUGGAAAGCACCCACCAGAUGCAGAAAGGGCGGCCACAAGGGACAGGUUCAGGUCUAUCCCAGUUUCAAAUGGAGUAUCCUGUUCAAGAAUGGCAAGAUUAUGCCCACAAGAAGUGGUUACAUCUUCCCUCUGCCGUUAAAAUACAGUUUUCUGCAUCUUCAGACCUUGCUGAGAGUUUCAUGGUGUGCUGGUCACAGCUUCAGCAGGAAGAAGAGGAGGUUUUAGAAAAGCUGUGUUCUGAUCUAAGUGUGAAGAAAGAGCCCCAUGCUGUGCUUUUCUACAAGUUAGAAGGAAAUAAGAGGUUUGGAAGAAAACAGUACACAGCUGCAGCUGUUCUGUACUCCAAGGCAAUCUCCCAUGCCAGCCCUGACAAUGAAGAGAUGGCAGUAUGCUUUGCCAAUCGAUCAGCAGUCCUCUUUCACCUUGCUCAUUAUUCGGAAUGUCUGGAAGACAUAGAGCGAGCCAAAGAACAUGGACUUCCCGACAGGCUAAAAUGCAAAAUCCUUCAGCGACAGACUGAGUGUUUACAAAGGUUGAAGGAAUCUACCACCCCCAGUGCAAGUUCCUCAAAGACAGAAAGUGCGCGUCCAGUGGAAAACAGCAGAGCGUACAAUACUGAUAUUUUAAUUGACAAGCUGGAGUUGUUGAACUUGAACAGUAAUUCUCAGUUAUCAAAUGCUUCCAGUUCCCUGUGCCUUCAGAGUAGCACUUCAAAAGGACGCUACUUGCAGGCUUCUAAAGAUAUUGGGCAAGGAGAUAUUUUAAUGUGGGAGGAUGCCUUUGUAAGUGUAAUUAUUCCAGAGAGGACGACGCUGAGUGAUAACUAUCAAUUGGAUACCAGCAUCACUAGCUGUGAUCUUUACUGUCACCACUGCCUAUCAAGAGUUAUAGCCCCCCUUUCAUGCCAAUACUGCAGUUUUGCGAAGUACUGCAGUCACGAAUGCAUGAGCAAGGCAUGGAAAAGUUACCACAAUGUUGAGUGCUCAUUAGGAGAAGUUCUACUCACCCUUGGUGUCUUCUGCCAAACAGCACUUAGAGUGGUCUUGGUGGCUGGUAUCGAACAGGUUUCUCAGCAUGUUAGUCAGAUUCGUUCAGCAGAGCCACGGGUUAUAGCCCCGAGCCACACAAUAGAGGGAAAAGCUGGUGGAAAAUACUGUAGCAACUAUGAAGCAAUAGUUAAUCUUCUACCGCAUGUAGAACAUCAUAAAGAUGAGUUUAAGUUCCUCUGUGGACUGACAGCUGCGGCUUUGUGCAAGAAGCUGUGCAUGAAUAAAAUGGGAGAAGCUACUGGAGAACUGUCUUUAAGUGAGAAGCCAAACAUUCAAGAAGAACCCAUGCAGAACUGUUCCUCAGAAAUGAUGGUUGUAGGUCCAACUUUAUUUCGGCACAUGCUGCAGCUCCAUUGCAAUGCACAGGCUGUGACUGUUCUCCAACAGGAACAUGAUGUGGCUGACUAUUCCCCUGUGGAAAGCCAAAAGAGCUCACGCCUUGCCACAGCUGUUUUUCCAGUUCUUAGUUUGCUCAAUCAUUCCUGUAACCCAAACACCAGCGUGUCUUUCCAAGGAAGAUUUGUAACGGUCCGAGCUAGCAGGCCAAUCCAAAAAGGCGAAGAAGUGGCUCACUGCUAUGGUCCGCAUAAAUCACGAUUGCCUAUAGAAGAAAGACAGAAGUUACUGAUGGCUCAAUAUUUUUUUACGUGUCGGUGUGAAGCUUGUACAGAAGAGUUGGGAUCAACAGAUAAACUCACUGAUUUCUGUUGUCCAAAAUGCCAAUCGCCACUGAAGGGAGAAGCGGAGCUGCACUGUCUCACUGUAACCUGCUUACAAAGAAGCAGGAGAGACCAACUAUUGCUUAGGCUACAACGUUUGGAACACACUGUUGAUAUUGCCAAGGAACAAGUGCAUAGAAACCACAUAGAGACGUCUAUAAGAAUGUUGAAGUCAUGUUUGUCCGAAGGAGAGAAAUUUCUUUCCCCAAAUCACAUACUUUUGGGAGAGAUCUCCGAUCAACUUGCUCAAGCUGAGGCCUCUAAAGGGGACUGGAGAGCUGCCGCAGUGCACCUCACAAGAAGUGUACAACAUGUGGAACUCCGUUACGGAUCAUGCAGCUUGGAACUUGGACAUGAGCUCUUCAAGCUGGCACAGAUCCUUUUUAAUGGGUGUGAGGUUGCUGACGCUAUGAACACCAUUCUGAGAGCUCAGCAGAUUCUUUCUAUGAAUUAUGGGACUGAUCACAAUCUAGUGAGAGAGCUGCAGGAAAUGAAGGCAUGUCUAUUACAGCUCCCUGGUAUCCAAGAUUCACAAAGGAGAUGAUGGAUGAAGACUGAACAUUGAUUACAAUGUUACCAUGAUCCAGAGACUAGAUUUGUGCAUCUACACUUGAAAAUACACUUAACACAGACGCAGAGUGAGCAUGUGUAUCAACUGCUGUGUGGCGGACUGUAACUAAUUAACAAUAUACAGCUCGUUAUACCUUUAUAGAUGAUGCCCUAUUCCCUGUGCAGUCAUUAUUUUAAUAAAUAUCAC